CAUUACAGUUUUUGUACUAACACAAUCCAGUAACACAAUCUUCACAGGUCGGUCCCUCAAAAUUUGUUUCCAAACAAAAAAAUUCACAGUAUUAUUAUUAUAUUUCAAAAAAUUUGACUAUGUGUAAAUCGUGUGAGGAACAACCAGUUCGAUGCUGCACAAUUUUCUACGCAGCUUUCUGCAUUACAAGCGGUCUCUUUAUGCUCUUGUUUUCGAUUCACAAUGUAGUACUUUUGAAAAGCUCCAUAACAGUUUUGGAUUUUUAUUUGCAUAUCCAUGGUGCUGAAAUGUCUCCAAAAACUUUCACCGUCAUUUACGCGAUGGAUUUGAUUUUCGGCAUUGUGCAUCUCAUCGCUGGAACUUUGCUAGCUUUUGGAAUCAGACUGAACUCAAAGGGGGUUUUCCUUGCUGGAAAAAUUUUAAGCUAUUUCUUUCCAAUAUAUAAUGUACUUUAUGUAUUUCCAUUAAUUGUACACAUUGCCGCCGUAGCAAAAUUAUGUAAAUAUAAAAAUGAAAACUUUAGUUAAUUUAAUUGGCAAUGCAAGCCAAAUGGAUCGGACGGGAUUAAAAUUGACUGUGCAGCAGAAGAAGAAAAUAAAAAUAUUAUUCAAUUUUGGAACAGAUUUAAGCUAUUGUUUACCAGUUAUGUUACCAGCAUAUUUAGUUGUAUGUGGUGAAAUUAUUCAGUAAGAAAAAGCUUUUCUUCGAAUUAAGCCUAAUUAUGAUAAUGGUUUGAAAUUCACUGUGCACGAUAAGGCGAAUAUUUAUUUUUAUAGAAUUUUGGAAGGAGUUAAACCAAAUGUUGUUUAUAUACGUGGUAAAAUUAUGCUGCAAAAAAGAAGGAAACGCGUAUCGAUAUGCACGGAGUGCACAAUAAAACCUUAUAAACAUUUUUAUUGGGUUUGGAACAGAUUUUGCUGGCGCUCAUUUGUUUACACCAUUUGUACUUUGUAAAAAUAGUCUGCAGUAUGUGGAAAACAUAAAAAAUUCGAAGUGACUACGGAUCGUAUGGACUAAAAUUUGCAAUGCAAUUCAAAAUUUGUAUUAUAGAGACAGCAUUACACACGCUCCAGCAAUCAAAUUUAAAA